AUGGAGUAAUUUUAGGAUUCCAAGGUUUACUUACUCAGGGAAGAUUCACUUAUCAAAAGAAAGUAAAUUGAUGAGAAUGAUUUACACAUUAGUGGGGGUAAAUACAAAGGAGGCGAUCAUGAGGUUAUCAGAAAACUGAGACUUCCUUAAGUUAAUGCAGCAAUAUCUAAGUUAAGUGAAACAGUUAAUAGAUAGAAACAUUAAAGUGUUUUACGAGAGAGACCAAACUAACUUGAAGUCAUCUAGACACAAUAAUUAAAAAAGCUAAGUUCGCAAAUAAAAUUCGAUAAAAAUUCAGAUAGCGUAUUAUCACCUGAAAGAUAAAAACUAAGUCCUUAUCCAAUUAACAGAAGGAAAAGUAGCUUGAUCAUAAGUAAACUAAAAUCCAUUCAUAAGAAACUUAUUCGAGAAAGUAAAAUCAGUGUGAAUAACUCAAUUUUAAAUGAUGUACUGCCUGCGCUAGAAAAUAAAAAGGAUUUCAAUAAGUUACAUAUAGAUAUUGUCUAAAAAGUAAUAAAUCCAGGUUAUAAUUACAAUCAAACAUAGAACUAGACUAGAUUUUCAAAAGAAUUUUAAAAACCUUAAUUAAACAAUUAAAAAUCUUAAUCUCAAAGUGACAUAAAUUAGAUAUUUAAUACAAGACAGUAAACAAGUAAAAACUCAAAGUAAAAUAGAAAAGUUAGCAAAAAAGACAUAGAAAUUUCAGCAAAUGGUCUGAAUAUAGAUUAAAUGCUAGAAAAGUAAUUGUUUGACAAUGAAUCACAGCAAUUAAUUAAAAGUGAUCUUAGUUAAAUGCCUUAAUCUUUACUCAAAACUUAAAAUAAGCAAAAACAGCAAAGAAAGUUACAAUACAUCAGUAAAGAUUAGAAUUCUCUCCUUUUAAGUUAGCUUGGAAGAUCUGAUCUGACUACAUUUUGUGAGGGUUUUGAGACAUCUAAGCCAAUAACACUUGAAAGGGAAGGCAGCAUAAUUGAGACAGAUCAUAAUAUGAACUUAUUCUAGUCACCAUAAACAUUUGAUGAGUUCCUAACAGAGUCAAAUAAAAAAUCUGCUCGAAUUAAUGGAUAAACAAGGAACCUAGAAUCUCAAAUAAAGUUCCUCUCAAGUCCUAAUGAAGAUUAAGAAAACUAAUUCUUUUCAUUUAACAAGAAGAACCAAAAUAUGUAGAUUUAAGAUAUUAAUAUUGCCUAAAAUUAGACAAAAAGAUACUAAAACUAUAAUGAUCAUUAGAUAGCAAGUUAAGCUCUCGAUAAUUUUGAAAUUCUCAGGAAUGGGUUCGGAAAUUCAACAUAAACAUUGCAUAACAACCAGAAACUUAGAAAGUUUUUAAAUAAACUGAGCCAGCUUGAAAAUAAAUCUCUCAAUUGUAGCAAAACUAAGCUUGAUAAAGGUGGCUAUCAUAGAAGACUAGCUUCAGAUUAGAGUACAAAGUAUUAAAACGCUAUCAAUAGUUAUGAGCUGCUGCAAAAUCUCAUUCCAGAAAAGCCUCAUGAUUAUGAAGUUAUCCUGGAUGAAUUCAGAUUGAAACAAGAAAAAAUUAGAAAAAUUAUCGAUCAUUAGAUUAACAAAGAAAAGGAUUUAUUGCAAUUUAAGUAUGAUAUUUCAAAUCCAGCCAAGCAAAUGCUGGAUUAAUCUCUAAUGAGGAAAGAUGUUUCAAUACUUUUGGUAAAUAUGGACAAGGUUAAGCUAUUUAGAAAUCUUGCAGUCAAUAAUGAAAAUGAAAACUUAAGUAUCAUUGACUAAAGUAUGAAAAUACAAUAGGAAUACAGAGCAAGCCAUGAUGAGAUGACUUUUAACAAUAUCAGUUAUGGGAAUAAUUUACAGAGAUCUCGAAUUUCAUCUUAUCAUAGCAAUUAAAUAGAUCACUAGAAAGAACUUAAUCAGAGCUAAAUUCUAUAUAAUAUCAAUCGAAAGCGACAAAAUAGAAGGAGGCAUUUUUCUGUAAAUUAGCAUAAUAUGCUGCUUCAACCACUUCACUCUUAACAGCUAAAUGAGCUCCUUAUCAAACAGUAAUAAAUAGCUUGA